AUUAGACUACUAAUCGCACUACUGUUGCAGUGUUCGUCUGCCGUCUGCCACUCAGACGAUGGCGGCAAAGGCGCAGCCUCAGCGCGUCUCGCUCGGCCAGUCGGCCACGGUGCCCGGCCAUACGCUCCCAUCGAGUGCAGGCUCGGGGCAGGCCACUGCCCCCCAGCAGCAGCAACAGCAGCAACAACAGCACCAGCAGGCUUCAUCUUCUUCUUCCUCCUCCGCGUCGUCGUCGUCGAUCCUCAACUCCACCUCGCUCGCCCUCGCACUGCCGCACUCGCAGCAGUGCUCGCCCGUGACGCACGUCGACUCCAAUGCGCUGCAGUACCUCGCGAUGGAGAUGGCGCCCGUGCUGCGCAAGUCGGCCCGCGUCGCGCUCCGUCGGCGCCAGUCAGGCCUCGCGCAGCUCGUCGAGGCAGGUCUCGUCCCCAGCACCUCUUCUUCCUCUUCAAAGACCCCACCCGCCUCGGAGCUCGAGGACGAGACGGUGGCGCGGCUCGAAGCCAUCGGCGCGCACGUCGGGUCCGCCUUUGCCGAGCGCCUCUCGCGCGACCGCCCGCCAUUCAGCGCGACGCUCGACGUCGUCAAGUUUGUCUGCAAGGACGUCUGGACGGCCUGCUUUGACAAGCAGGUUGACAACUUGCGCACAAACCACCGCGGCGUAUAUGUCCUCCAGGACAACCACUUUCGCCCGCUCCUCCGCCUCUCGACGACGAUGGCGGCAGGCCCGGGCGCGCUCGCGCCUGCGACGCGGCUGCACCUUGCGUAUCCCAGCGGUGUCAUCCGCGGCGCGCUGGCCCGGCUCGGCGUGCCUGCCACCGUCGUGGCCGAGACAAGCCAGGUGCCUCAGUGCACCUUCCACGUAAAGACGGCCGCACAACGGUAG